UACUGUGUAUUUGAACACAAAUGAUAAGAUACUAGUUGUUAUUGUCAACUUUUGUAUUCCAUUGGUGUUGUGUUUGUUUCAUCACGUGAAGGUAGAUGCUUUAAAAGAAAGGAGUACGCAGCGGAUGAUGUCUUCUAAGGCUCUGAAGUACACUAUAAAAACAACAUUGCGCCCUUCACCGCAGAUUUACGAAAACUUGUUUGUGCUCGAUUUUGAAGCUACGUGUGAUUAUCCAGAGCAGAUUUCACCGCAGGAAAUAAUAGAGUUUCCAUGCUUGAAAGUUAGUGGCAAAACAUUUGAAGUUCUGUCACAAUUCCACCAUUACAUUAGGCCAAUAUGCAAUCCUCUGCUGUCAGAUUUUUGUGUGGCCAGGACUGGAAUAAUUCAGGAGAUAAUUGAUAACUCCGAGACAUUUGAGAGCAUUUUUCAGCAGUUCAGAAUAUGGCUUCACAAUAAUGACUUCAAUAACAGAUGUGUGUUUGUAACAUAUGGUAACCAGGAUUUCGAAAGGCUGCUGCCAACUCAGUGCCAGAUUUCAAAUAUUGCUGUUCCAAGCUGCAUGAGAAAAUGGCUUGAUUUGAAGAAGUGCAUCGCCAGGGCAACUGGCCAUUACCCAUCCAGCUUAAAAAGUGCUGUGGAAAGAUUUGGAAUAAAAUUUUCUGGCCGCCAGCAUUCUGGUAUAGAUGACUGCUACAACAUGGUUUCAAUUAUGAAACUCCUGGCAGAGAAAGGAUAUGUUUUCAAUUAGCUCCAGUACAUAAACUGUGAUGUGGCAGGAACAGAAGUGUUUUCUUUUGCCAUGAGUAUGGUGCCAAAUAAUGAACUGAAGAUUAUACACACGGAAUUGGCAAAAUAAUUACGUUGAAGAGGUUUAUUACUACCUAAAAUUAUGAAGAAAUGUGUAUAUACCUUCACGACAAAGGAUAGUGUGUUUUAUGUUGAUGUAUACCAGUAUUGUGUUGGUUUUAAGAGGAAAAAUUAACUGCCACACCACAUCUGUGUAAGGAUUGACUAAUUUUGGACAUCAUGUGAUGCUUGUUUGUGUUGAGAUGGUCAGAAAUAUCUGCAGUCAGAUCUGAUUUCUGAAAUGUUUUCCUAUUUUUUCUCUAUUUUUGAUACAGCCAAAGUUUCAUAUAGUAUGUUGAAUGUAUUAAUUGACUUUAUGUAUAUGUUUUCUGAUUUUGCUAGUUUAUGUCAUAUUUUUUAUGACUGAAGUCACUGAAAAGUUACAGUGAAGUGUGGAAUAUGAAGGAGAUAAGUUGGUUAUUUUACGAGGGUUAUUCCAAAAGUAAGGUCCGAUCGGUCGCGAAAUGGAAACGACUAUGAAAAUCCGAUAAAGCUUUGCACAGAUGUGUUGGGUAGUGUCUCUAGUAUAACCCCAGUUUAGCAUCACGUCGCUCUUCUCAUUUCUGAGCUCGCAGUGAGUGCGUAAAGAUGUCUAGAGAAUCGUGUCUGCCGCCAAGUACGAGGGCCUGGUGAGAAAUUUCGCCUGAAGCUAUGCAGCCAACAUUACAUAACUGUCGUGCUGUUUCGUCUUCACGACAAUUCUCAGCCGCGUUCUGCAGGGGCAAUGAAGAUGCUCCUGCAUCGUUUUCAAAUGGAAAUGUUAGAUUACCCACAAUACAGUCCGCAAUUGUCUCCCCCUGAGUUUCAUCUCUGGUCACAUGAACCGCUGUCUUUGAAGACAACAUUUUGACACAGACAACGAGGUGUAGGCCAGCGUGGAGAAUUGGCGGAAAGCACUGGCGGCUGCCUUCUAUGAUGAGGCUAUUGAAAAGUUGGUACAACGCUAUGACAAAAGUCUAAGUCAGAACGGCGACUACGUAGAGAAGUAGCUGAAAGGUGUAGCUAAUUGUUACAAGUAAAACAUUUCUGAUGUUCACUGUGGUUUCAAUUUGGCAAUCAAUCGGACCUUACUUUUGGAAUAACCCUCGUAUUAUGUAUGUGAACUUGAGUAUAUUACUUUAUAUGACUUUUUUAUCUGGGUGGCCUAAUUCACCUGCUGUGCUAUUAUUUUGGUGCUGUAGAUAUUGAAAUCAUACAGGAAAUGAGUAUGACAGCAUUAAUGUUCACCAGUAUUAUAUUAUGCAGAGGUUGAUGUCAUAUAGAGAUUGAAUAUAAAACUGAAAAAUACAUGUGAAUUGAUUUGUAUCUAUACUGCCGAUAUGAAUUUAUUUUAACUAUUGUUGUAACAGUCCAUCAGUACAGUCCAAAAAGAAUAAUCAUUUUGUGUCAUACGUGUAAUUAUAAUGGUAGAGUGUUUUCCGUAUUUAUCUGUUGGACUUAUCCUUUUAUUGCAGGGAAUAUUUUUGUUGUGCGUACUGAAAGUGAUAUUUGUUUGUACAUGUUACUUAAAUACAUUAAGAAUUGGUUAGUCAGUAUAUGUAUUAUAGCACAUCCAGAAGACUGUGUUUCUUAGAAGUUCCAAUUGACAUUUAUUGAAGGAGAGCACAUUUCCACACCACAUGAAGUUCUGAUGUUGUACUUUUUAUGGCAAUGCAAUUUAUACUAUCUGUAAACUUUUUGUGUUGGUUUGACUGUUCCAUCGGUUCUUGGUAGAAUAUUUCACACACACACCAGUGUUGUGUGUGUGUUUUCAUCCAUAAUGCAAACUUUUUAUUGAGCACCAACAGAGGGCGGACAAGCAAGCUCCACCUUCUUGGCACACUGCUGCCACAAUGUGCACUUAUUUUGCAAAACUGAAAGAAUCUUUUUACCAUAUUUAGUAAUUGUACUUAUUGUUAUAAAUUACAUAUCAGUACUAAAGAGCACUGCAUUCACUAAGGAGUUUUUCUCAUUGAGGCGAUACAACACAUGAUAUGACUUGUUGUAAUAAAGGUCAUGUGACAUGUCAGUCAUCCCUGCAACACUUGUGUUGCCACAUUAGCAAUAUGUCAAGCAACAAGACAUGGCAGGUGGCAAUAGUUUCAUGUGUAAUGUGUUGCUGCAAGUCUCAUUGUGGACAGCUUCCAAAUAUGUCACAUAUUUACUCAUAACUGGAAAGAGGUAUGACUCUCUGAGUGUUAAAAACAAUUUUGAUACAUUACACAAUGGAAAAUCCAAGGUGGGAUAACAACAAUAUUAUGAGAAGUAUAGAUUGCUACUCACCAUAAAGUGGAGACACUGAGACACAAACAGGCACAAGAAAAAGACUGUGUGUGUGUGUGUGUGUGUGUGUGUGUGUGUGUUUGUUUUGUCUACUUCAAAAGAAGGCCUUUUGGCCAAAAGCUUACUUGUUUAGCAGUCUUUUUGUUGUGCCUGUCUGCAACUCAACAUCUCCACUGUAUGGUGAGUAUCCUUCUGAAAAUAUAGUCAUUUCCGCUACAUUUUUUAUGCACUCCACCAAUGUGGGUUGCUUCUGCAUUGUAUCACGAGUCACAUUGCACAUCAUAUUGCCUCAGUGAGUACCGUCCCUAAUAGCUACUGCACACAGGUUUGUUUGGUCACUGACAAUGACAGUAGGGGUAUAAAAUACAAGCUGCAUGACGUCUUGAGAGUUGGAUUAAUUCAGAACUAUGGAACUGAACACUCAAAAGUUUCCAGGUAGGAUUGUCCCCCUCCCCCUACCCAACCUGGAAAAAUCUGUGAUCUUGAAUUUUUAGUGACCUUUUUUUUUGUUUGUUUUUGCAGAAAUGUGAUGUAGUUUGUAUUGUCAGCAACUGAAUUUUGUUGCAUGUAAUAAAAAAUAUACACUCAGAACAGUU